CUGCAACUUUAUCGUCAUUGCUCUCACUUCUCCAACUUUCCCUUUUUUAUUUGAUUUUUUAAACUUCACUGAAAAUUCCUGAAUCAUUCAACACCCCAAUCCUGAUAAACUUGACCCAAAUCCAUGGCGACGUUACCUCAGACCAACCACCAAAGAAAUUAACUUACACCGGAUUAAACCCAAUGGCCUCAUCCUCACCCUCAUCAUUCCCUUCACCCUCCCCAUCCCCUGACCGCAGAACCCCUAUUGGGCCUCUCUUCACCAAAUUCCCCGAGCUCCCUCCCGAGAUUCGCCACCAAAUCUGGCGUGCUGCCCUCCCAGAACCUGGCAUAAACUUCUUCAACGUCCACUGCAUCCCCAACGACCACAACGGUGCCAACCGGAGCACCUCCCCCCCGUGGCUGUACCUCGACCUGCGGCGUCUGUCCAUCCACGACGACGACGUCACCGUCGAAUCCUACGAUCCCUCCGCCUGGCUUGCCCGAGAUAUCCUCUGCCGCGUCUGCCACGAAGCUCGCGCCACCUGUGCCCUCUCUCCCUCCGAGGGCUGUGUGAUUGUGCUGACGCGCCCCAAGCGAGGCCUCUUCGUCCGCGCAGCCGAUGGCCAAAUCCGCAGUCUGACCCCCGUGACCAGCUACGGCGCGGCACCUGUCAUGCUCGGUGGGCCGGGGACAGAGCCUCUAGAGCGACGCAAGAUUCGCGUCCGCUCUAACGACGUAUUAUGCUUAUCCCUCGAAAACUGCAGCUUCAAUCUGCCGUAUGAGGAGACUCCCAUGAUCGACGGCGGUGGCCGGAAUGCCGGAUACGACCAAGACUACUUGGGCUUGGAUGACGGCCUCGACGCUGAUGACAUUGGCUGGGCGUAUGACCCACAACUGACGCCACCACUGCCGGGGGCCAUCCCGUCGUCACGAUUGUGCAUCGGCAUGGCGCGAGCCAGUCGUGUCGCGCUUGGUGCCGCGGGAGAGGUAGCGCGGGACUUAUUGACCUACGGCCAGUCUACCUGGGGCCUACAGGAUGACUCCUUGCUACGAGUACCACAAGUCAUGUUCGAAGCGUGCAAGCAAGAACUAGGUGACCGAUCAGUCGACGAAUUAGGUCCACACGGGGCAAAAGGAGGCGUGGAAGUGCUUUGGGAUCGAUUCGGCGAUCGCUACGUCAAGGUACCAUGGGACGGCGCCGAGGGCUUAUUCUCUGCCGAGUAUCGGAUCGCCAAGGUCUGGCCCGAGUCCAACGACAUCCGAGAGAGAUACCUGCAGUCUGCGAUGCUGCAGUCGCCCAAGAGGCUUGUUUCUCGACCGCGUUGAGGACUUGACUUGGGUAACUAUGGGUGGUUGGACAGAUGUUGAGUCUUUAC